AUGGAUGUUUCUUCCACUUCCGAUGAUGAAAUAACCCUCUUGCGCACUUGGGCCCUGACUGUCACUCAUGUGGCAUGUGAUUAUACGGAACAGAAAUUCAAUGCAGAGAAGACAGGAGGAGACCCAGUUAUACCUUCUCCAAACCUAGACACUGAUCUGGUGAUGGCUUGUGAUCAAUUGGUUGAUCGGCUCAUAAAGGCAUAUAAAAAUCCCAUUCAGAUGCCGAUUGAUAUUGCAAGAUAUAGCAAAUUGAUCUCCCCAAAGGACACGGGGCGUAAUGAAGAGAGAGAGGAAAAGUUGCUUGAGAGGUGUCCUCCUGGCCAUGAGGGCACAAAGUUGAUCGACAUACCCGCGACAAUUCUUGAUGCAUCCGGUGCCAUCAUCGCAUGGUACCUCCCAGACGCCUUGACCGAUGCCACCCAUAAUGAAAUUUGGGCGGCCUCGGAUUUGCUAGCUCCCAUGCUCGAACAAAGCAUAAAGCUCGAUGGGAUUUGGCGGACUAAUCAACAGUGGUUCACACCAAGCUCGGAAAAUGAUGUCCUAACUCCCGGAUGCGUUAAUUUAUCUCCGGCAUGGUUUCAGCAGGGGCACGAGGUAGGAUCUGAUGAGAUGGCGAUCUCGGUAGUUAAACUCACCAAUCCCAUAGAAUCAGUCCGAUCCGGAGGUAUCUGCAUCAUUGAAGGGACCAUCCUCCGAGAACAUCCUCAAAGCCAUUGCGAGCCAGCAGCCAUUGCCACAGCGGCACUCAGGGUGAUGCAUCCUGAGCAGUACUGGGCAGGGUUGCAAGCCUUUGCGAGCCUCGGAGAAAAGGCACGAAGCAAGGAACUGCCGAAGAUGUCAGAGACUCUCCAGUACUGGGCAACGGUGUUUAACAGCCUCACCGUCAUAUGCAAUCGGGAAACCCCGAAUCAUCGAGACCCCUCAUCGAUUUCCGAAUGCUUCGAUAUUCUCACUAGCGUGGGGAAUUAUUCUAAUGCUCGGAUGAGUAUGCCAAGCCUGCAGCUGGAGUUAAGUGGAAGGGGAUCGGAUUGCCUGGGCAUGGUAUAUGAGGGAUGCUGUUCAUGUUUAUGCUGGGAUUCCGUCGUGUGGAUGGGCAAGGUUGGAUUGGAAGAAGUAGAAAGGCACUCCAUACUCAACAUUCGGGUUUCGGGUCUUGAUAGUCGGGACUCGAUAUUCGAUUUCACCGACUACCGAGUACCGGGUUUCGGGUUUCGGUACACGUACCGGGUUUCGGGUUUCGGUACACGGUACCCGGUACUUGAUAGUCGGGACUCGAUAUUCGAUUUCACCGACUACCGAGUACCGGGUUUCGGGGUUCGGUACACGUGUCGAAUCUCGGGCUUCGGGCUUCGUGUUUCGGGUCUCGAUAAUAGGGACUCGAUACUCGAUGGUCGGCACUCACAUCUCGGGCUUCGGGAGUCGAUUGUCGGGACUCGGGUUUCAAGACUCGGUAGUUGGGACUCGAUAGUGCGGAUUCGGGUUUCAAGACUCGGUACCCGGUACUCGGGUUUCGGUACUCGGUGA